AUGACGAAAUCAAAAAAUAAAAGCCCACACCCCCGAUCUCAAAAAUUUGGAUCACAGGGAGACAUCAAAAAGAGAAAGAUGCAGCACUUCGAAAGAAUAUCAAUAUCAUCAUCUUCUAUCACGGCAAAGAAAAGAAAAUUCGAGGGAGAUACAACAUCUGAGUUGGGUAAAGACAAGAAGCAGUCCAAGAACAACCACCAGCAAGAAUUACAUCAAAGACCGACAAUUCCGUAUCAAAGAACUGACAGAAUUUUGUUAAUUGGGGAAGGGGAUUUCUCAUUCGCCCGAUCUCUAGUUGAGCAUCGUCGCUGUAAAAGGGUCUUUGCAACCUGUUUCGACUCCAAAGAAGAACUCUUUAGUAAAUACUCUAAACAGGUAGAGGCCAAUGUCGAGGCCAUUCUGCAUGCUGGAAAACACCUGGGUUCGGAUGAACGCGAGCAUGACAAAGACGAGGUCGCUAAUGCAGGAAAACCAGCAAAGAGCUUUCCAAUGAAUGACAAACCGAGCAAAAACGCCGCCCCUAAGGUUAUGUAUUCAGUUGAUGCCCGAAAGUUGGGCACUCCGGCAGGCGGGGGAAGAGAAAUUCGCCAUGGGAUUCACACAACUAGUAAGAAGCAGCCCGGUGGUCAUUGGGAUAUAAUAUCCUUUAAUUUUCCUCACAUUGGUGGGAAGUCAACGGAUAUGAAUCGUCAAGUCCGGGCCAACCAAGAACUGCUUGUAGCUUUUUUCAAGGCAUGUGUGCCCUUGUUGUCGACGUCCAUUGGACAUGUAGCUUCCAGUGGCAGUGAGGACAGUGGCUAUGAGGAUCCAAAUGAUCCUAGUCGAUAUAACACAAAUAGUGAGGAUGAGGAUGAGAUGGCAGAUACCGAUGACGAACCCCCAAAAGAAAACAUAAGGACGGUGCCUCGACAGUCCGGACAAAUUGUUGUAACCCUUUUUGAGGGCGAACCAUAUACACUGUGGAAUAUAAAGGACCUUGCACGCCAUGCUGGCUUGACUGUUGUUACCAGCUUCCGUUUUCCUUGGAAGUCGUACCCCGAGUAUUCGCAUGCCCGAACUCUAGGUAUUGUUGAAAGUCGCUGUGGCAAGACUGGAGGGGGCUGGAAAGGAGAGAAUCGGGAUGCUAGGACAUAUGUUUUUGAGGUCAAGAGCGAGGAUGGUCGUCUCAAGCAGUCAGCUGGUAAGAAAAAGAAGAAGAAAGAGGAUACCAGCGACGAGGAUGACUAG